UCCUCCUUCUGGCAGAGCGGCGCACUCCUCUGCUUUCGAGCAAAAGAGGAAUAGAGGCAGCGAGUAUGGUGGCGUUGGAUUGCCGGGGCCGCUCGGCUGCCUAUCUCGGGGGGGCCCUUAUCGCGCUCCUUUUGUCGGGCUUAGCUCAGCCCCACGAUAUAUCCAGACGGCCUCUGUGGAACUUGAAAAUGGAUCAAGCUUUAUUACGAAUUCAUAAUGAGUUGCUCAUUGACAACUUGUCCAUUUAUUGGGUCUCAGAUUAUUGUUAUGAGUGUUUGCAACAGGAGCUGAUUUCUAUCCAGAUGAACAGAACAUCCAAAGAAGCUCACAUUGUAGCUAUUGAUACUCAGCAUGCCCUCACGCUGAUGGUCAAUCGUUUUAAAGAAGGAAAAGAACUGUGCAGGAUUCAUUAUCAUUUUGGAGAAUAUGGAAACUAUUCCUUAAGAAUUAGGCGUCUCCAGAGCAAUAUCACAAACGUUACAUGUGAUAUAAUUAUCAAUCAAAAUCAUAUCAACAGCUAUCUCCCUAUUUUAUUUGCAUUUCUCAUCUACAUGGCUAUUUUCAUUAUUCUGAUGAUUGGACAGAUUUGCAUAAACACUGAACAAGUCAGAAAUUGGUUCUUCAAAAAGAUGGAUCCUAGAGAAACUGAUCGACUUAUUAAUUCAGAGCUUGGAUCUCCAAGCAGAACAGGUUCCAUUGGUGAAUUCCCAGUAGGAAUAUGGAAUACUGCUUCCUCUCUGCAGAGACUUCGUUCCCUGGAUACCUUCAGAGGCCUGGCACUUACAAUUAUGGUCUUUGUGAAUUAUGGUGGAGGAAAAUAUUGGUUUUUCAAGCAUCAGAGCUGGAAUGGCUUAACUAUAGCAGACCUCGUCUUUCCAUGGUUUGUAUUUAUUAUGGGCACUUCUGUUUCACUGUCUCUCAGUGCCAUGUUGAGACGAGGUUGUUCCAAAUGGCAAUUGCUGGGCAAAGUCUUAUGGAGAAGUCUCCUCCUAUUUUUAAUAGGACUCAUAGUUGUAAACCCAAAUUAUUGCCUUGGACCAUUGUCCUUGGAUAAUCUACGAAUUCCAGGUGUGCUCCAAAGAUUAGCUUGCACAUAUUUUGUUGUUGCAACACUGGAACUGCUCUUUGCCAAACCUACGCCUGAGAACAGUACUCUGGAGACUUCCUACCCUGCUCUUCAGGAUAUUCUUCCUUAUUGGCCCCAGUGGCUUUUUAUGUUGGCCCUUGAAGGACUUUGGCUGGGCCUCACCUUCCUUCUGACUGUACCUGGGUGUCCAAAAGGCUACCUAGGACCUGGAGGUAUUGGCAGUUUGGGAAAGUUUCCCAAUUGUACCGGAGGGGCGGCAGCUUAUAUUGAUCAUUUGCUUCUAGGAGGAAAACAUAUCUAUCAACACCCAUCUUCUAACGUGUUGUAUCUUACUACUGUCCCCUUUGACCCUGAAGGAAUUUUAGGAACAAUAAAUUCUGUUUUUAUGGCAUUUUUGGGACUUCAGGGAGGAAAAAUUCUUUUGUUUUAUAAAGAUCAACAUAAGCAAAUAAUUCUUCGAUUUUGUGUGUGGAGUAUAAUAAUGGGUGUUAUUUCUAUGGUGUUGACAAAAUGCUCAAAAGAGGCAGGCUUGAUUCCAGUUAACAAGAAUUUAUGGUCAAUUUCAUAUGUGACUACACUGAGCAGCUUUGCCUUUACACUUCUGCUGUUGAUAUACUAUCUUGUAGAUGUUAAGAAGGUAUGGUCAGGUGCUCCAUUUUUCUAUCCAGGUAUGAACUCCAUUCUUGUUUAUGUUGGACAUGAAAUAUUUGAAAACUAUUUUCCUUUUAAAUGGAAGCUGCAUGAUACACAAUCACAUAGUGAACAUUUGACUCAGGAUCUAAUUGCUACAUCUUUAUGGGUUAUUAUAUCAUAUAUACUCUACCGGAAAAGGAUAUUUUGGAAGAUAUAAUUCAACUCAACACAGAUCAAAAAGUAUAGGCUAUGAGAACAUUGUAUUCCCCCCCCUUAUCAUAUUAAUGUCACAUUUUUCCCCCAAGAGUCAUGUAUUUGGUUUACAUUCCAGAUUAUUUUGAACUGAAAUCUGCUUAUUUGGGGUUUGUUGGGCUGCCAUUUAGUAAAACAAGUUGUUCGAAGUUUAUUUUCUACAUUAUUCAAUUUUUAAAUAAACAUACUGAAUGCUUUCCAAUAAUGGUAUUUUCAAAAGAUUUUUUGGUACACAAUUGUUCAGAAAUUUGUCUCAUAAAAAUCAGAGGUCACACAGUGGUGUUGGACUAUAUAGGCUCAGGAAGAUUCUGUUCAUUUGAUUGUGCCACAACUCCUUGUGAAAACCACUCAGGAUUAUAGAAUGGAAUGAACAACAGUAGUCUUCAGGCUCCUUCAUAGCUUCAGUCCAGCUAGGCUAUUUGUUUGUAAAACUAAGAUACCCUUAAGCAAUAGCCAAGUCUGGCCUACAAAUAACUUGUAUCAACCUCCAACUUGCCUGCUUGAUGAUAUCACUCAACCACAAUGGUCUCAGGCAAAACAACAUCAUGAAUAUCUGUAUCUGUUUUGUGUGACUCAUGAAUUAUUGCAAUAUGACCGUAAUGGAAUUAUGGAUUUAUAUUAUUUACCCACAAUUUUUAAAUCCAA